AUGGCUCCCCAGUCCACAGAGGGAGAUACCCUUGAGCUGCUUCAAACUCCAGAGCAAGUUGCCCUAUUGGACGCCAUUGAUGAACUCCGCUGCCAGGGUAUCGAACAUCAUGGCAUUGACCUUCCUCAAUUGGUCGUAUGCGGCGAGCAGUCAACAGGCAAGAGCUCGUUGCUGGAAGGCCUCACAAGACUUCGGUUCCCAAUGAAAGAGUCAUUGGGUACUACUUUUGCAACCGAGGUCGUGCUUCGAAGGGCAAACACUACAAAAAUAUCGUGCAGCAUCAUGCCCUGCGACAAGAGAGCACCAGGACAGCAACACGAGCUCUCGAAAUUCGAACAUGUCUUCUCAUCCCGCGAGGACUUCUCGUUCCCAUCUGUUAUUGAAGAAGCAAAGGACCUAAUGGCGCAAGGUAGCAGCGUGGGUCGCAAUUCUAUCUUCAAGGAUGUUCUACGAGUAAAGUACUCGGGGCCCGACGUGCCUUCGUUGACUAUCGUUGAUCUUCCUGGCAUGAUUGAAGAGGACUUCAAUGGUGGAGGAGGCGCCAACAAGAUUGCUGAUUUGGUGGCAAGCUACAUGUCUAAGCCAAAAUCCAUAAUACUUGCCGUCGUGAUGGCGGGCAACGAUCCGGAGAACCAGAAGCCGUUCAAGUACAUCAGGAAGUACGAUCCGGAACGCUCCAGGACCCUAGGCGUCAUCACCAAACCAGACAAAGUCGAUCAGGGUAGCGAGUCCGAAAAAGACUUGCUGCGGCUCGCAAGGAAUGAAAAGUGCAAGCUAACGCACGGCUGGUUCGCGGUCAGAAACAGGUGUUUCAACACGAGUGAUCAUUCGGACGUCGAGCGAGACGAGAUGGAAAAAUCUUUCUUCAGCAGCGGCCUCUGGGCAUCCCACCCACGCAGCCAUGUCGAGUAUCGCCGCCCUCAGGACGAAACUUUCCAAAAUGUUGUUGGAACACAUCAAGAGCAGCGCAUCUACCUCACCAAACACGCCGUCAGAUUCCAGACGCUGACUAACGAUGCUCUGAGGGGAAUUUACAGCGACCGCUUCUUCAACGUUGCAGGACCAGACGAACAAGCACCUACCCGUUUGCGCACGGCCAUACAAAAUUUGAACAUUGCAUUUGCUCAAGUCAUGUACCAGAAGGGUCACACUUGGGCCAUCACAGCUGAUGCAACACACAAUGACGUCCCAACAAGCUUCCUCGGAGAGUCGUACCCAUCCGAUUGGCAGUACCAUGACUGGCGUUGGCGCACCGUCGAAGCCAAGUUGGAAGAACUGCUCGUUCCCUACACAGAGCAAGAGCCCAUCACUUACGAUCCUGGAUUCCUAGGGGACUUGGAACAACUAAGGGCAUCUAGAUAUCAGAGGAAGCUGGACAGCCAAAACAAGGGUGUUCCGCAUCCUUUCGCAUUCGGACAAACCAGCACUUCGCAUGCUACUUCCACUUCCAGCCAGCGCCUCUUGACCGAGUCGCUUGAUGAUUUCACCAACUCUGAGAUUCUUGAUCUGAUGCAAACAUACUACAAGGUCAGUAGCGCAAUAUCUGUGUUUAUCAACAACACCGCAGUUCUAGCGAUUGAGAACUGCUUGAUCAAAGACUUGUCCGCUAUCUUCUCACCAACUCUGACUGCGGACAUGGAUGAUGAACAGCUCCAGGCCAUUGCUGCUGAGUCUGAAGACGUGCGAUGUGAGCGUGACACCUUGCGGAAGAAGCUAGAAGUCUUGCAGUCGGGCAAGCGCAUCUUAUAUGAGCACAUCGGUAUCACGGAAGAGGCGUUCCAACGCAAGAUGAACGGCUCGAUAUCCAAACUGAAUGGUCUUGCCGUCACGCCGCCUCCUUCCGGCCCCAACUCGCGUCAGCCAUCACGCGGUCGUCACGACUCAAUCCAUGGCACGCCAGCCUUUACUGGUAGCGCAAAGAAGCCGUCGCCUCGUCGAUGGGCACCGCCUGUGCCCGUUGAUUUAUUUGGCCCAGAAGCGCAAGCCGAGUCCGACGGAGAGCUGUGA